ACUCGGUCGCAAGGACGGGAGUGCUCUGCCAUUCUCUCUUGGUCCAUGGCGGUUGCCGCCUUUCCAAGCUGCGGCGCUCGCCGGCUGAACGCAAGGCCGUGGCUGCAUGCGGUCCGAUCCUCCGCCUCAUCUCCUUCUCCUCCUCGGUCUCCCUCCGACGUCGACGGCCUGGGAACUGCACCAGCUUCUACGGCUGCCGCCGCUCGUUCCUUCUUCCCGAAGCGAGGCCAGACGCUGGAGCUCGUCUGCGAAUCCCUAGCUUUCAAGGGCAAGGGCGUUUGCAAGGUCGUCGACACCGGCUUCGUCCUCAUGUGCGACCGGGCCCUCCCCGGCGAGCGCUUUCUUGGCCGCGUCUCCCGCAAAAAGGGCAACUAUGCCGAGGUAACAAAGCUGAAGACCAUCAGUCCGCAUUGGGACUUGGUGGAAGCUCCAUGCGAAUACGCCUCGGCGUGCGGAGGGUGCAAGACCCAGAACCUUGCGUACGAGGCGCAGCUCAGAGCCAAAGAACAGCAGGUCCGUGACUUGAUCGUUCGUAUGGGGAGGUUUUCCGACGGGGAUCCAGAAUUUGCUUCUGUGUUGAAGCCCAUCGUGCCAUGUGAUCUCAAGUUUCACUACCGGAACAAGAUGGAAUUCUCAUUUGGUGCUCAGAGAUGGAUACCAAGAGAUUCCUUCAUCGAUGAUCAUGACCAGAUUGAGAGUGGUUUCGCGUUGGGAUUGCAUGCACCCGGGUUCUUUGAUAAGGUCCUCCAUAUUGAAAAAUGCUUAUUGCAAAGUGAAGCGGCUAAUAAGGUUCUUGCAGUUAUUCAAGAUAGUUGGAGGGAUCCAGAUCUUGGCCUAUCUCCGUAUGAUGUCCACACCCAUGGUGGAUUUCUUAAACAUCUAAUGCUAAGAACUGGAAGAGAUGUCAAGACUGGUCUUCCAGAACUGAUGGUUAACUUUGUCACGUCAAGCUACAGACCUAAGCUAUUCGAGCCUCUUAUUAACAAAAUCUCAGCAAUUCCUGAAGUGGUCAGUAUCAUGAAUAAUGUCAACUCAUCUGUUGGUAACACAUCUGUUGGGGAGGAAGAGUAUGUGUUGCAUGGAAAGUCAACUAUCACAGAGACGCUAAGAGGACUUACAUUUCAGAUAUCAGCCAACUCUUUCUUCCAGACUAAUUCUUACCAGGCAGAAGUUCUCUAUAAGCUUAUUGAGGAUUGUGCUGGUCUUAGAGGAGAUGGCUCAGAGAUUGUUCUGGAUUUAUUUUGUGGAACUGGAACUAUUGGUUUGACCCUUGCAAAAAGGGUUAGACAUGUUUAUGGUUAUGAAGUAGUGGCUGAAGCUAUAUCAGAUGCUCGAAGAAAUGCUGAGCUUAAUGACAUCCAUAAUGCUACAUUUGUUCAAGGAGAUCUUAACAAAAUCAAUGACAAUUUUGGGAGUGAUUUGCCAAAAGCCGACAUUGUCAUUUUAGAUCCUAAUCGCCCAGGCUUGCAUAUGAAGCUAAUCAAAUAUCUAGUGAAACUUCAGGCGCCACGUGUUGUCUAUGUCUCAUGUAAUCCAGCCUCAUGUGCGCGUGAUCUUGAUUACCUUUGUCAUGGUGUGGCUGACCAAGGGAUAAGAGGAUGCUACCAACUGAAAAGUAUCCAGCCAGUAGACAUGUUUCCUCACACUCCCCACAUCGAGUGUGUCUGCUUGUUGGAGCUCCACUAGAUGCUGGUUUUGACUUCUAUUUACUAAUAUGAAGCAAACAACUUGAACUGUUGAAAGUUGGAAAAGAAGGCAUGAAGUUUUUAAAUACAAAAAUGUCAGUAGCAGGUGGGUGUUGGAAAAGUAUUCAAGGAAAAAUUUGUUGAUUCUUGGCGUAACGGUGACUACAAGAAUUUUCUGCAAAUAGCUGGACUUAUCUGCAGUGCAUAUGUAAUUACUGGAUGCUGAGGGUGAUGGUUAUGGUUGUGGGGGUCAUUUGCAAAAUCCUGUUUCAUCUUAGAAAUAGAUUUAACGAAAUAGAUCUUUUCCAUGCCUUAAUUUUGGCUUGAAAGCUUGCAGUAUUGUGGGAUCAUACAUUUGUGAAUAAUGAUUUCUAAGAAAUAACAUUUGGAGUAGGGCAGAUUUUUGAAGGUUGCUCUACCACUUAGCAGCUAGCAAAACAUUCUGCAUUUCUCUUGUUGGCUAGGUGUGCUGCAGGUGUAGAAGAUCAUUCACAGUUUUGUUCCAGUCUAUCCAUGAUAACUUCAACCAUGUUCUUGGCUUAGUAAUAACUACUUUUGUUCUUGUGCUUACAUUGGACCUUGCAGCUGAGAAUUCCAAUGUGAUCAUUCGCUUUGCUUUGUUCCA